AUGAAGCGAGCCAAUAAUUACGAGGUAGGAUAGCGAGGAUACUAUCGUCUGGAUACUGCGAUCCGAUGCUGAAAAGAUACUUGUUAUGUCAUGGUGCUUUCAAGGAACAAAUUAACAAACGUGUCGGCUUAUUUCUACUGUUAUCCAGGCAAAAAUUCGGUCACGUAAUAGCAGCCGCAGCCAGCCGACAAAGUAAGUACAUAGUGAUUUCUGUCGAAAGUGAUCGUCUACUGAUACAAUGGCCCCAUAAUUACGCGGGUAAUGGAACAACUUUCGGUUAAAAAGCUCUCGCAAGCACCUGUAAUCACAAGAUACGGGCCACCUAAGAACGUGCCAGGAAGAUAGCAUGUUGUAUUUCAAACGAGUCGUGUCAACCGGCGAUCGUAUGCAAAUCGGCCAUUAAAAUUUAAAAUCGCUCUAAAAUGAUCGGCUUCGCGCGCCUCUCGAUCGGACGUUUGAUUUUUUGAGGGAGAAGGAGCCGCCGAUCUGUUUCGGAGAACGAGAGAGAGAAAGAGGAUGAUGAUGUGUGCAUACGUAUAAGGAGGAACAAUCCUAAACACAGGUUACUGCUUUAACGUAAUUAUUACGUUCGAAACAGUGAAGAUAUUUUCGCCUCGAGAGAAUUCUUCCUCUCUCCGUUUGCGUUCCUUUAAUCCGUACGUUUCUUUUCUACGCGCGUAUUUUGCAACUUUUUGUGAAUAUGCUUCAUAUAUUACGAUGGCUCGCGAGAAAUUAUUUGAACAUUUACGGAUUAUUGUUACUACGAUAUUUUCCCGAAUAGAUAUACAACACAAUAGAGGAUUUGAACCGUGAAUCGAGACGUUGCUGUGAAAAUCCUAAAGGAAAGUUCAACCGUGCUGGAGGUUGCCGAAAGGCAAGCUCGAAUUUCAAAUCGAUGCCCCAGCAUCGCCCGGUUUCAGUUGACGGCAGAAGCAGAACAAGCGACGAGGAGGAGGAGGAGGAGGAGGAGGAACCUGAAAUAUUUUUCUACUCGAGGAGAAACGAUCGAGCGAAUUUA